AUGGGUCAAUAUGCACGAAAAGAAUUUGAACUGCGCAAUUUUAAGACAGUCCAGUUCGUGCAGGGUCAAUUUGUAAGCUCGUACGACGCGACGAUCGAGGACAGCUACCGUAAACACGUCGUUAUCGACGGCGAAGAUUGUCGACUUGAAAUCCUCGACACGGCUGGUACGGAACAAUUCUCCGGUCUUCGGGAUUUAUACGUACGAAAUGGUCAAGGUUUCAUCUUGGUGUACUCAGUAAAUGACCAAAACUCUCUAGACGAACUACAUGAGAUCAGAAAUAUGAUUGUCCGUAUCAAGAAAGAUUUUAACAUUCCAAUGGUAGUCGUGGGAAACAAGACGGAUUUGCGACGUGUGGUGCCUGAGAGUGCUAGCAGCGAUUUGGGCAAGCAGUUCGGCUGUUCGUUCUACGAGUCCAGCGCGAAGCUUAACGAAAACGUUGCUGAGGUGCUAGAACAUCCGUCUCGUUUGCUCUGGGAUGAAGAGACUCGUUACAUAUUACUGGGUUGUAUCCGACCUUGCUGUAGCUUAUAG